AUGCUGUAUCUGAACGAGAUAGGGAGGUCUCCUCGGACUCCUCCACAAAAUGGCAGCCAAAUAGAAACGACAAGUGGUAAAUUUGGUGUUGAUGGCCCGCAACAAGGGUUUGUGAAUGCUUUAAAUACGCCUGUGACGGAAAGUAGGAGAUCAGUUAAAAUUCUUGAAAUACCAUCCAAAGAAGAGUCUGAGAUAGACAAAAAAGAUGAAGGACUUGCAGAAGAACCGAUGACACCGGUUUUGACGCCAAAGAAAAAGAAAGGGAACCGGGCACAUCAGAAAGGUUCUAUUUCAAAGUCUAUUAAUGCUACACCUAAACUGACUAGACCAUCAGAGGUAGUUUCUCCAAGUAUAAACCGAUAUAGUCUCAAAAAAAAGAUACGACCCAUAUCACUAGGCUUACAGUUGUCGCUUGCUCAAGAAGACCUGAGUUCGGAUGAGGCCACUGAGACAAAUUACGGUCACCAGAUAAUAACGCAUACCGAAGGUAUAGGAAAUGAAGAGCAAAUUGCGACACCAAAAGGUAAAAUAAUAGAUGAUCGUCUUGUGAAUGAAUGGCAUGGGAAAUCGUUGAACAAUGAAUUCUCAUCUGAUGAGGAAUUUUUGGACUAUGAAAACAUGAUGCUUGAUAAUGACAUUUUGGAUGCUAAUAUUAAUAGACCUUCCAAAACUAACAAAGAACAAAUACACAAUCCAUUCGGGUCAGCUCCAUUUAAUUUGAACACCAAAACCAAUAUACCCACAACCCCAGUUGUUGACUAUUCAACACAUGCUGAGUAUUUCAAUAAUAAAACCGGUGAACGGAUAGUAAGGGAAUUGACAGAAGUUGAGAAACGAAUAAAGCCAAAGAAAUUAAGUUUCGAACCCGUAACAGAAGCGAGUGAUCAAUCCGAUGAACUACACCAACCCUCAAUUGAAGAUUCUGGUAAUCAAGAUACAAGCGUUGGCAACAAGUUUCUUUUAAACAAUUUAAAUAGAUUUAUGGUCGAUUCCAAACCAAAGAAUAGCCUAGGUUUCGAAAUAUUCAAGGAUAACGGAAAUUAA